UUCCUGCAAUCACAAACUAGAGCUCUGAUUUAGAUUGUUUGUGGAGGUCUGGCAUACAUUUAGCAUCCAAUUCCACUUCAAAACCUGAAAAAUUGCUAUCUCACACAAAUUAUACUAAUCCACCCACAUGCAUCAUCAUCAUCAUCUCAUCAGACGGUUCACAUCAAUAAUAGUCCCACAACCUCCACCACCAUUAUUAGAGCUUAAUAACAUAGUCAAAGAUUUGGUUUCCAAAGGACUGUAUAACGGAGCCCUUCACCUCUACAAAGAACAACUCCAUCCCUCUCCUCUCUUCCUUACCGCCUCCAUUCUUCCUUCCAUCAUCAAAGCCUCUGCUUAUGCUCAAAACAAACAUGUUGGCCUUCAACUUCAUUGCAUUGUCCUCAAAUCAGGUGCCGAUGCCAAACCCGUUUUAUCCAAUUCUCUCAUCUCCAUGUACGCCAAGUUUUCGGGCGUCGAAUGUGCACGAAAGCUGUUCGAUGAUAUGCCUGUUAGGGACGAAAUCACUUGGAGUUCAAUGGUUAAUGGUUUUAUCCGAAAUGGGUAUUUCAUCGAAUCAUUGGAAAUGUUUAAGGAAAUGUAUGCACGGGGUUUUGUGGCGAAACCCGAGUUAAUCGCUAGUGUUGUAUCUACAUGCGUAAAGACUGGAGAUUUUAGGUUGGGAAGAGAGAUUCAUGGACUUGUGGUUGUUAAUGGAUUGAUGGAGGAGGAGUCGGUUUUCUUGUCGACAGCAUUGGUUGACUUGUAUUUGAGGUGUCAAUGUCCUGACUCCUUGAUGGCUUUUCGGGUUUUUGAAAGAAUGGGAGAGAGAAAUGAGGUUUCUUGGACUGCCAUGAUUUCAGGGUGUGUUGCUAAUCAGAAUUAUGGCAUUGCGUUGGAUUGUUUUCGAGCAAUGCAGGGUGAAGGUAUAAAGCCCAACAGGGUAACUUUAGUUGCCAUGUUACCACUUUGUACUGAGUUGGGUUUUAUUGGGCAUGGGAAAGAGAUUCAUGGUUAUGCUUUCCGACAUGGGUUUGAUUCGGACAUUUGUAUAUCAUCAGCUCUUAUGCAUAUGUAUUGCAACUGCGGGGGGUUGUUGCAUUCUAUCAAACUAAUUUUUGAAAGAUCAACAACGAAAGACGUGGUGAUGUGGAGUUCAAUGAUCUCAUGUUUUGCGCAAAGUGAGGAUAGUGCUGAAGAAGCAAUGAAGCAUUUCCAUCAAAUGCAAAUAGAGGGGUUUCAACCUAAUUAUGUGACUAUAUUGGCAGUGAUUUCCGCCUGCACUACUUUACGUUCACUAAGUCAUGGACGUGGAGUCCACGGGCGUAUCGUGAAAUCCGGCUUGGUUUUUGACUUGUUCGUCGGGAAUUCCCUUCUAAAUAUGUAUGCCAAAUGUGGUUGUCUCACAGAUUCAUCAAAUGUGUUUGAAGAGAUGUCCUUGAGGGAUAAUUUCUCGUGGAGCACAAUUAUUGGUGCGUACGGCCUUCAUGGUCAUGGAGAGGAAGCUUUGCAACUCUUUCAUGAGAUGCAAGAGAGAGGAGAGGAACCUGAUUCGAUCACAUUCCUUGCUGUUUUAUCAGCUUGCAACCAUUGUGGCCUCGUGGAAGAAGGAAAAAAGCUAUUCGACAAAGCAGUCAGAGAUCACAAAACACCGCCAAGUAUAGAGCAUUAUGCUUGCCACAUUGACCUUCUCGGGAGGGCCGGGAAGGUCGAAGAUGCAUGUGAUGUAGUGAGCAUGAUGCCGAUGAAUCCUAGCAUGAAGAUUUGGAGCUCUCUGGUUUGGGCUUGUAAGCUUCAUGGAAGACUAGAAGUUGCAGAAGCGUUGGCUCAUCGGCUCGUUAAACUAGAGCCAGAGAACGCUGCCAAUCAUACGUUGUUGAGUAUGGUUUGUGCCGAGUCUAGUAACUGGCUUGGUGUGGAACAAGUGAGGAAAUAUAUGGAUGCAAAAGGAUUAACGAAGAGCUAUGGGUACAGCAGAAUAGAGCUAGAGAAUCAGGGUUAGAAACAGUUUAUCCUAUCAGAAAAAUGGCCGAGUGGGUACCCGAGCAGCCCAUCCGGGCCAUCCAAAAGUGUGUUGGACGACCCAAAUUGAAAUCCUCUCUCUCCUCUCACCCCACCACUUGUACCCACCCGGCAUUGAAAAUUUUCUCAGAAAAAUGUGUGUUUGAUCAGAGUAGUUUUCGUCUAAUUACUUCCGCAGUUGGAUGUGCCUUCUAGUUGAAGAGAAACUUGGGCCGUUGAGUCCACAUUUACUAUACACUUCCUUCAUUGCAAAGAAAGUUGGUUUUAAAUAUGUUA